AUGUCAUCGCACGAGCAAGCCCUAAUCUCCCUGGUUUCCCAACUCGCCCUCUCCUUCGACGGCGCCAUUUUGGGCGUAGCCCUAGCGUACGCCGCCGUGCGCACCGUCCUCAAGCUCAACUCGGUCUCCUCGGCCCUUCGAAAACUCCAUAACGCUCCCUCUGUCGAAGUCUCCGAUCUCCGCUCAAUCCUCUCCCUCGAUCACUCCGACGAAUCGCAGCCGUCCGAUGCAAAGCUCGUCGUUGUACGCGGCACCGUUGAAGCCAAAUCCGCCGUCGACGGCAACUGGAAUAUCCUCAACUCCGGCGUGCUCGUUUCCCAGGGUACAAAGGAAAGAGCCGUGGUUCUUCAGAGAACUCAAACGUGCGUUUAUAAUGAGUGGAAAGGUUUCGUGGGAUGGCCGUCGGAUUUGAGAGCUAUAUUCUCUCGGUCUUGGAGGGAGCGAGAAUCGAAGGUUUUCAGAACGGUUCCGUUCAUUCUUGCUGAAGGUGGCCGAAGACCGAUUUCGGAGUUUGUUGCUGUGGAUAUGGAUGGAUCGAGUCAUCCCCUACCUCUUACCACAGUUUAUCAUCAUCUGCAUCCUGUUAAUCCUUCUCCGUACACAUUCCUGGAGGCACUUUUUGGCCAUCGGUACCCAGUUGGUUUGCUAGAUGAAGAGAAGAUUCUUCCAUUGGGAAAGGAAAUUAGUGCUGUUGGUCUCUGCAGUGUUAAAGACGGAGUACUGGAAAUCAAGUCUUGCAAAGAUUUUCCCUAUUUUCUCUCUGAGAUGCCUAAGGAUCAGAUGGUGGUAGAUCUUACAUCACGCACAAAAGUACUAUUCUGGAGUGGGAUUUUCCUUGGUUCAGUGUCAAUUGGAGUCCUUGCCUAUGCUGUUACCAGGAAUUGGAAUAGAUGGAAAGUGUGGAGGCAGCAAAGGGAGUCACAGCGAUCAAUCCGUGCCAGCAAUGCUGAAGCCCAAAUUCAACAGGAAGAAGAAGAAGAGGAUGCAGGAGAUGUUCCAGAUGGACAGUUGUGUGUCAUAUGUCUGAUGAGGAGAAGGCGAUCGGCAUUCAUUCCUUGCGGGCAUCUAGUUUGUUGCCAACUCUGCAGCAUAUCAAUUGAACGGGAUGUAGCACCAAAGUGCCCUGUUUGUCGCCAGCAAAUACGCACUUCAGUCCGGAUAUAUGAUUCUUAA